AGAAGAGGCGGUUGCUGUAGCGGAGCUCUCUGGCUGUGUGUCUCGAGGAUCUGGCGCCGGAGCUGCGGACGGUUUGCUGAGCCCGUUAGUGUCCUUGCUGAGACCCACGCCGCCGUCAUGUCCCGGUACCUGCGUCCCCCCAACACGUCUCUCUUCGUAAGAAACGUGGCGGACGAUACCAGGUCUGAAGAUUUACGACGCGAAUUCGGUCGUUAUGGUCCUAUAGUUGAUGUGUAUGUUCCACUUGAUUUCUACACUCGCCGUCCAAGAGGAUUUGCAUAUGUUCAAUUUGAGGAUGUUCGUGAUGCAGAAGAUGCUUUACAUAAUUUGGACAGAAAAUGGAUUUGUGGACGCCAAAUUGAAAUACAGUUUGCACAGGGGGAUCGAAAGACUCCAAAUCAGAUGAAAGCCAAGGAAGGGAGGAAUGUGUAUAGUUCUUCACGCUAUGAUGACUAUGACAGAUACAGACGUUCUAGAAGCCGAAGUUAUGAAAGAAGGAGAUCAAGAAGUCGUUCCUUUGAUUACAACUAUAGAAGAUCUUAUAGCCCUAGAAAUAGACCGACUGGAAGACCACGGCGUAGCAGAAGCCAUUCCGACAAUGAUAGAUUCAAACACCGAAAUCGAUCUUUUUCAAGAUCUAAAUCCAAUUCAAGAUCACGGUCCAAGUCCCAGCCCAAGAAAGAAAUGAAGGCUAAAUCACGUUCUAGGUCUGCAUCUCACACCAAAACUAGAGGCACCUCUAAAACAGAUUCCAAAACACAUUAUAAGUCUGGCUCAAGAUAUGAAAAGGAAUCAAGGAAAAAAGAACCACCUAGAUCCAAAUCUCAGUCAAGAUCACAGUCUAGGUCUAGGUCAAAAUCUAGAUCAAGGUCUUGGACUAGUCCUAAGUCCAGUGGCCACUGAUAGUAUAAACCAUGAUAUUUUUAGGCAUGUAUCAUUCAUUUACUCUCAUAGUUUGGUUUACUUAAAUUAUCAGGAAUACAAUGUUGCAAUGAUGCUUAAAAAAACACUUGUCAGUUUUCCCUGUACCAGGCAAUGGUUAUUAUUAAAAUGAUAUGCUGUUGAGAAGCCACUCUUAAGAGUCCAGUUUGUUUAAUGUUAUGGGCAGCUACCAAUUUGUGGUGUCUCUGUAUAUUUUUGUAAAGAUUCUCAUUUUUUAAUGCUUGAGGUAUUGGUGAAAAGAUGUUGGUUGACCAUAAUUUGCAACAUUGUCUUAUUAAAAAUAAACUUUCAUAUCCAUAUUUGGUAGAACUGUUAACCUAGAAAUGUAGCUUGCUAAUCAGGUAGAAUGAUACAAAAGUGAAGUUGUAGCCACCGUACAACACUGACCCGACUAGACACAUUUAGGUUCAGGGUGGACCUUUUUGUCUUGUCAAGGUGUCGAGACCCACGAUGACAAUUUAUGGCACAGUGUGGAAUAGUUCUUUUGUUAACCCCACUGUCUCGGGGAAUGACGCCAACUGGGUUAAGUAGCAUUUUCAGGGAGAUGGCGUUUUUGAUUGAAACACGGAGCCUUCACUUUUCUGGUUUCUGUGAAGAUUUGGAACCAUACAAACAUCGGAAAAACCCACCUUAAAAUUUGGGCAGGUUGAUGAUGGCAGAAAUAAUUUUAAGGGGAAAAGAAUGCUCUUAUGCAGUUACUCUAAACUUUAAGGAGCAUUGUUGACCAUAAUAUUGCUUAGUUUUCUCACUGCUGUUAAAAGCAAGUAAAGUGUUUUCAAAGUAGGUUUUGUUUGUGUGUGCGCAUAGUGUAAAAGGACUGAAUUUUGAUACUUAAAGCACUUGGUGUGUGCAUUUGUAUCAAAAUUUGCCCAUAUCUUUAUGAAGGAGGCUUGUUCUUCACGCCUCAGUUUAUUUAAUGUGAGGCAAGUAAAAAGACAACACUCCCAUUCUACGUGAUUCUGUGGUGCCAUGAGAUUUUAAAUAAUUCUGGAAAAAACUAAUUUUAAGGAAGUCACAUCUCUUGAGGUUUUGACUGAUUAUCCAUGUAGUACCUGAUGAAAAUAAUACCCUAACUCUUUAUAAUUUCUAACAUCUCUCUGCGAGACCAUUUGGGGGCAAUAAAAAGUGACUUGACGUGUCCAAUCUCAUUUCAGAAUAAAAGCUGGCAUCCUUAAAAUUUUUAGAUUGCUUGCUUACAGGCAUAAUAAGUAAGAAAUAUUUUAGGGAAACCAUUCCUUUUAGAGGAUUACUUUUUUCAAUUUUGGUUUUAGUAAUCUAGGCCUUGCCUGUAAAGAACAAAAGGUGGUUUUUAAAUACUGUUUGUGGAAUGUGUUUAAAGGAUUGAUUCUAGAACCUUUGUAUAUUUGAUAGUAUUUCUAACUUUCAUUUCUUUACUGUUUGCAGUUAAUGUUCAUGUUCUGCUAUGCAAUCAUUUAUAUGCACGUUUCUUUAAUUUUUUUAGAUUUUCCUGGAUGUAUAGUUUAAACUACAAAAAGUCUAUUUAAAACUGUAGCAGUAGUUUGCAGUUCUAGCAAAGAGGAAAGUUGUGGGGUUAAACUUUGUAUUUUCUUUCUUAUAGAAGCUUCUAAAAAGGUAUUUUUAUAUGUUCUUUUUAACAAAUAUUGUGUACAACCUUUAAAACAUCAAUGUUUGGAUCAAAACAAGACCCAGCUUAUUUUCUGCUUGCUGUAAAUUAAGCAAACAUGCUAUAAUAAAAACAAAAUGAAGGAAA